AUCUGGUUGCCCAGAGAGGCUGGCCGAGGGCCUGAUAAGCACCCUUGAAUGGAGCCUGAUGUCAUGCUAGUGUCAAGCUGGUAGCUUCCCAGAACAGAAAGCCCAGGAGCGUCACUCGAGGAAGGGCGGGGGGGAGAGAAAGAAGAAGCAGACCUUGCUCAGUCUCGCCUCCCGCCCGCAUCGUUCCCAGCCUCGCCACGACACGCCCCCCCCUCUCCCGCCAGCUCAACUUUGGGCUCCGGCCAGUGGGAGGAAGGGUCCCGGGAGGCCGGCCGGCCGCACUGCCAACCCCGCCGGCUCCUCAGUUCCCGUCGAGUUGUCUGCCCUACCUUAAAGCAGUUCUUUCCUGAAGAGCCAAGAAUAUUUGCCAUCAUUCCAUCGUGAUGGCUACAUCCAGGACACAAUUGCCAUGUCUUUGGCUUCUUGUGCUUUCCAUGACGACAUGUUUAGCUCAAGGGACUUCACCACCACCAUCCCCACCGCCUGGAUGUGGCAAGGACUUGAACUCCAUCUACUACAACCUCUGUGACCUAUCUGUCGCCUGGGGUGUUGUCUUAGAAGCCGUGGCCAGCUUUGGUGUUGUCACCAGCUUUGUCCUCACUGUGGUCUUAGUGGCCAGUCUGCCUUUUAUCCAAGACUACCGGAAGAAGAGCUUAAUAGGGACUCAAGCUUUCUUUCUGUUGGGCACUUUGGGGCUUUUCUGCUUGACCUUUGCCUUCAUUGUCAAGCAAGACUUCUCAACAUGUGUUUCACGACGCUUCCUCUUUGGUGUCCUCUUUGCAAUCUGCUUCUCCUGCCUGGCUGCCCAUAGCCUCAGUCUCAAUUUCUUUGCCCGGCAAAACACUGGACCUCGGGGAUGGGUCACCUUUGGCAUGGCUUUUGUCCUCGUCUUGGUUGAAGUCAUCAUCAACGUUGAGUGGCUCAUUAUUACUGUGGUGAGGAAUGAUGGUACUGCCAAGGAUCCUUGUGAACUGAAGAACGAGGACUUUGUCAUGGCACUCAUCUACGUAAUGUUCUUGCAAGUAGCUACUUUCAUUGCUACUUGGCCUGUCUUGUGUGGCCAUUACAAGCAUUGGAGAAAGCAUGCCAUUUUCAUUCUCCUCACUACUUCCUUUUCGAUGGCCAUCUGGAUAGUAUGGAUUGUUAUGUAUGUGUAUGGCAACCAGCAGGACCAGAGAUCAACCUGGGAUGACCCCACCUUGGCUAUUGCUCUUGUCUCCAAUGCCUCAGUUUUUGUUUUGUUUUAUGUCAUUCCUGAGAUUUCUCAGGUGGUCAAGCCAGGACCAGAGGAGGCCUAUGAGGAUGAUGUCUACCCCACACGGGGGGUUGGUUAUGAAACAAUCCUCAAGGAGCAGAAAUCCCAAAGUAUGUUCGUGGAGAACAAAGCUUUCUCAAUGGAUGAACCUUCUUCAGCUAAAAAGCCUGUGUCUCCAUACAGCGGAUACAAUGGGCAGCUUCUGACAAGCGUCUAUCAGCCCACAGAGAUGACUUUAAUGCACAGCGGGCCUUUGGAUGCCCCUUAUGAUGUCAUCCUCCCUCGUGCUACGGCCAACAGCCAAAUGAUGGGCAGUGCCAAUUCUACCCUGCGUGCCGAUGAUGCUUAUGUUUCACAGAGUAAGCAAGCAUUGGCUCAGAAAGAUGGAAGGAAUGGGCAAGUGAGCGAAAUGGCUUCGUCUCCAUAUAGCAAGCACAGAUGGUAGAAGUUUUGAGUCUUGAUCUCCGCACAUCCUGUUACUUGAGGAUGCCUUACAAAAGCCUGCCUCCACAAAGGAGCAUCUAACUGGGGCAAGGCCUCAGAUAGACAUGGAGAAUGGCGAUGUUAUCCUGGGAACUGAGAAAAUUUCCUCUUGGUUGCUGAGGCAAUGCAUUUCUUUUUCUCAUGCAUAAACCAAGCGUUCUACUUGACAUCUGUUACAGUAAAUCUGGGUCACUGGGUCAGGAUGCCACCUCCUGUUAUGUGUUCCGAACAGUGGGCCUUCUAUUCUCCUUGGAGCCUUCAGUCAAAUUUAUAAUUCCACCUCUGUUUUGCCAGUAUUUUGAGAGUCUCCCUUAUUUUCACUCCACCAAUGAUGGGGCCACAAUGGUGUUAUGAAUGCUGAGGAGUUCCAAUCUACAGAUCACAAUUCAGCCUCUUGUUGGGGGAAUAGAUGCUUCCUGCAUCCUCCCAUCGCAUAUCUACUCCCACAAGAGAGAGGGUUUUUUGGAAAUUAGAAGGGUAUCACCCCAAUUAUUCUUUAAUAGAGGCCAUUUUUCUUAACGGAGAGAGUGAAACUGGUCAAAUGUAGCAAGAACCUCUUUAUUGGAAGCCUGCUUUGCUUUCUCCUGAUUUUGGACCAAGCCCUGGAAUGUGACAUCAUGGUAUUGUUUUUGGAAUCCUUAUUAUUUCCUCUUCUGUUAAUCCCUCCCUGUUAUGAAAAUUAAGUCUGCAUAUAUAUAUAUAUGUGUGUAUUUUUAAAAAUGCUAGAUGUUUUACUUUGAAUGUCUAUGUUUAUGCAGCAGGGAGGAUCUACUUUACAUUGUGGUCAGAGUUUUAAACAUUCUUAUCUGACGUUUGCAACCAACUUGGUGAUUGAACAUGUUGGAGGCACCAGUGGACAUGAAAGGAGGAAGCUAUAUUAAAAUGAUACUUUCAUUUCAUGACAACAUAAAUAUGGUGGGAUUUGCAAGACUGCCAUCAGUACUGUUUUGUCAAAAAGGUGCAUUGGCGGUUGUGCUUUCAAUAUGGAUAAGCCCUCCUUAACUUAAUCUUCUCUCAAUCUGAAGGACUACGGACUAUCAUCCCAACCAAAGUGGGAGCGCAAGAUAAACUGGUGGGCCCAGAUUAGGGGGUGGAAAUGCAGAUCUAUGAAGGGAAAGUGAAGGAAUUUAAUGGCAAGGAGAGGCCAGAGGGCUCCACAAGGCAAGAGAUGGGUGGUGCCCUGUAACUGCACAAACUAUUCCAAGUUUUAAAUGAUUGUGUGCUGCUGAAAUGGAAUUUUGCUACGGAAUGGAUGCUGUCAGGCUUAAAAACAUCUGGGAGUGGCAGUUUCCCUACAGAAAUGUAAUUGUCUCUUUUUGGCAUUAAUCAUCUUACUUUACCUCGUCCUCACCAGGUGAGGAUGAGUCACCUCCAUUUAGGAUGCUUUAUUGUGCUGACUUAUCCUUUAUCAUCCUUUUUUGUGCUGCUCCUUGCAGAAUUGUUCAGGUUCUCGGUUUACUCUGAAACAACAACUUUUCCCUACGUGGACUUGUCUCCCAGCCACCACUGAUUAAAUGAGUUCUGAGAUGCACAGUCUUAUGCCUCAAUACAUUUAUUUGAUAUGCCUUCAGUCCUUUUCAUGGUAUCGCACUUUCUCUUCAUGCCUUGGUGUGCUAGUUCCUGGCUUAUGGCCUGCCUGUCCUUAUGCUGCUGUUGUGUGCCAUUUUUCUCUUUGUCUCUUUUCCCCUCUCUUGGGCAGAAAAGGGGUGCUGUUUCUCUUUCAUAUGCUAGCAGGAGAAGGAAGCUACCUUGAUAAAAAAGAAGCACUGCCUGUUUCUUGCAAUGCCUUUUCAUUCAGUCUUCUUCUGGCCUCCUAGACUGAUGUCCACUGAAGUUUAGCCUGCUGUGUAAGUAUUUUGAGCAGGUAAAUUCUUUUCCAGACUUUUCCAAACAAGGAGCCUUCAAAUGUGCGGGGACAGUGACGGAUGUUCUUUGGGCCGUCUUCUGAUUGGAAAGGAGUUCUCUACUGUCUAUAGAAGGACCAUACCCUGCCUGCAGAGCCUGUGCUCAGGAAGUGGAAGGAACAAGUUUAUACUGACACAGACCAUGGCUAGUCUGAUAGAGACUUGCAUUGAGUCAUGAUUUCUGCCCGUCUUGCUGACGAUGCUUUUCUGUACCUUGCUAGAGGAUGAGUCUGCUUCUAGUUUUUGGCUGAAAGAUUCUCUGCUCUGAUAAUGAAGAAUGAUGUAAUCUCCCUCUGCUAAUGCAAGCUGAGUAAAUGGCAGAAGACUAAGGAGGAAUGUCCCAGACUGCUGUUUCAUCCACGCUACCCUUUAAGCUGGGAUUGGGGAAGUGGUUCUUAUCAGAUAUGGCUUUUAUAAAAUUCAGAAUUGUCUGACAAAUUAAAUCUCUUUUUUCCCCUAAAA